AAUUGGACAAAUCGAUCAUUAUUUUUGAUGUGAAGACUUCAUCACUGACAUCUGUAUGUUUGUUUGUCAACCUCCAAGAAAUAAUACAGGCCAUCAGUGGCAAUAACUGCUUUUGCUAUACACUGACGUUACAAAAAAACCGCCAACAGACAAAACCCCACAAACCUUUUGAAGACUUGUGUCAAAUGACGUCAAUGGCCAGUUUGUUCUCCUUUACUAGCCCAGCUGUAAAGCGUCUAUUGGGCUGGAAACAAGGAGAUGAAGAGGAAAAAUGGGCAGAAAAAGCUGUUGAUGCUUUGGUAAAAAAGCUGAAAAAGAAAAAGGGUGCUAUGGAAGAACUGGAGAAAGCCUUGAGCAGUCCAGGACAGCCCAGCAAGUGUGUUACUAUCCCCCGCUCUUUAGAUGGACGGCUUCAGGUUUCUCACAGAAAAGGCCUUCCACAUGUGAUUUACUGUCGUGUUUGGCGUUGGCCUGACCUACAAAGCCAUCACGAGCUGAAGCCAUUGGAUAUUUGUGAAUUUCCUUUUGGGUCUAAACAGAAGGAAGUCUGCAUCAAUCCAUACCACUAUAAGAGGGUGGAGAGCCCAGUUCUACCUCCAGUUUUAGUGCCUAGACAUAGUGAAUUCAAUCCACAGCACAGUCUACUAGUUCAGUUCAGGAACCUAAGCCACAAUGAACCACAUAUGCCACACAACGCGACAUUUCCAGAUUCUUUCCAGCAACCCAACAGCACUCCAUUUUCCAUUUCGCCAAACAGUCCCUAUCCACCUUCUCCAGCCAGCAGCACUUACCCAAGCUCCCCAGCUAGCUCCGGACCAUCUAGUCCGUUUCAGCUACCUGCUGAUACUCCACCUCCUGCAUAUAUGCCCCCUGAUGAUCAAAUGGGGCAGGAUAAUUCUCAGUCUAUGGACACAAGCAAUACAAUGAUCCCUCAAAUCAUGCCAAAUAUAUCUACCAGAGAUGUUCAACCUGUUGCCUAUGAAGAACCCAAACACUGGUGUUCAAUUGUGUAUUACGAAUUAAAUAAUCGUGUUGGAGAGGCUUUUCAUGCAUCUUCUACAAGUGUCUUAGUAGAUGGGUUUACAGAUCCCUCCAAUAAUAAAAACAGGUUUUGCUUAGGUUUGCUCUCAAAUGUUAAUCGCAACUCAACAAUCGAGAACACUAGACGACAUAUUGGAAAAGGAGUUCAUCUCUACUAUGUUGGUGGGGAAGUCUAUGCUGAGUGUUUAAGUGAUAGCAGCAUAUUCGUACAGAGCAGGAACUGCAACUACCACCAUGGCUUUCAUCCAACAACUGUAUGCAAGAUUCCUAGUGGAUGCAGUCUGAAAAUUUUUAACAAUCAGGAGUUCGCUCAGCUUUUAGCUCAGUCUGUCAACCAUGGAUUUGAAGCAGUAUAUGAGCUCACCAAAAUGUGCACCAUUCGAAUGAGUUUUGUAAAGGGCUGGGGAGCUGAGUAUCACCGACAAGAUGUCACAAGCACCCCAUGCUGGAUAGAAAUUCAUCUUCAUGGGCCCCUCCAAUGGCUGGAUAAAGUACUUACACAAAUGGGUUCUCCUCUUAAUCCCAUCUCAUCUGUUUCCUAGUACUGAAAUUCUAUCUUCAGCCUUAUUUUUAGCGAACUUAUUCUAAUUCUAGAGAAACUUCCAGUGUGGAUACUGUGAGCUAUAUGGAGAAUGGAUCUUACAGUUUAACUUUUUUUUUUAAAUCCCUUUGUGACCAAUUCCAUUGUGUAUAGCUAAUCAGUUUUACAUUUCAAUUUGUUCUUGUGAUGCUUAAGUGACAGUUGAGCCCUAAGGGAAAAAAAGUCUAUUGAAAAAUUCAGAACACUUUUCCCCUCCUUCCCCUAUAACUUAAACAGGCAUAUGUCUUAACUGGAAACUUUUCUUUUUGUCCUGUAGGGACAAGAGUUAUGAAGACUGACUUCAGAAAAUAAAUACAUAUCAUAGUUUGGGAAUUUUUUUUUAAUGUUUAUGAAACUGUUUGAACAUGUGCAGCUCCAGCUUGCCAGCUGUAUUUUUCGCAUAGCUGUUUAACAUCUUAAGGUUGACAUCUGUCAUAAGCAAA